AGAAUAAUAUAGGCCCAAGGUUUUGAGACUUGAGCUAAGAAGGGGCCUGGUUCCGAUGGGCAAGCCCAUGGCCGCGCCGAGAUGGGGGCAACCCGAGCUGAACGGCGCCCCAGGCGCCCCACGCCCACGCCAUAAGUCGACGUCGAGAUCGAGAUGGAUGCGGGGGCGAUCGAGGACCAGCAGCCGCCAGACAGGAAGCUCCAGUACAAGAGGUUCCAGGACAAUCAGUUCCAGGACGGGAAGCUCGAGGGCAACCCCGACCCAGGACAUGAAAUCCAGAGGCAAACCGAGGGCGGACAGUUCCAGGACAAUACGCUGUACGACCACCAUCUCCACAGAAGCGACCAGUGGACGCCCCGUCCAAGGUCGUCGAGGUCCGCCUUCAAGUUGUCGGGUCCGAACUCGCGGACGUCGAUGCCGAUCUCGCGCCGCCGAGUAGGGACUCUCGUGGCCGCUCCUGGCUCUGACGCUGACGGCAUGUUGAGGGCUUCUUUCCAGCGCUUCGCGAGCGGGCGGGAGCUGGGGCGAGCGCUCUAGACAGAGCUUGACCGAGCGUUUUAGAAGUUGGCCGCGAG